AUGGACGUCCCGCACGAAAAAGAUAAAGAAACCGAGGGCACUGCUCACAUCGACAUCGUGGACGACCGGCCGUCUCCUCGCGUCGAUGGCGAGCCGAGCCCGUCUCUCAGAGACAGCAAGGGAUGGGAUGGCAAGCUGCGGAUUCCCAAGACUGCGCUCAUGACCAACCCCGAGGCCCUGUCAGAUCCCGAGUACUCAGACGACAGCAAUGUCCUGCAUGGCGAGGAGAUCCGGGCAGAUGAGAGUAAGAAACCACCAGCCGAGCCGAGAUUCGAGGAUUCCGGCACCGAAGAAAUCAUGUGCUCCCACUCUCGCAUCUCGUCAUUGCCUGCCCUACGGCUAGAGCGCUUCAAGAACGUUACUCGUAUUUGUCUCCGACAAAAUGUCAUCCAAGAUAUCGAAAGCCUCGAAAGCCUUGCCAAUACGCUGGAAGAGCUUGAUCUAUACGACAACCUGAUCGCACACAUCCGUGGCUUGGACAACCUAACCAAGCUUACAAGCCUGGAUCUAAGUUUCAACAAGAUCAAACACAUUAAACACAUUAAUCAUCUCAAGGACCUCAAGGAGAUAUUCCUGGUCGCUAACAAGAUUAGCAAAAUCGAGGGGCUAGAAGGGCUUGACAAGCUCAAGUCGCUAGAACUCGGCUCGAACCGUAUCCGAGAGAUCCAAAACCUCGAUAGCUUACACAAUCUAGAGGAGCUCUGGCUGGCGAAGAACAAGAUUACAGAGCUGACAGGGCUCGGAGGGCUCCCCAAGCUGCGUCUGCUGAGUAUCCAGUCCAACCGCAUACGGGAUUUGUCUCCCCUCAAGGAGGUUCCCCAGCUAGAGGAGCUAUACAUUGCCCACAACGCUCUCGAAACCUUGGAAGGCAUUGAGAACAACACCAACCUCAAGAUACUCGAAAUUUCCAACAAUCAGAUAAGCAGCCUCAAAGGUGUUGGUCCCUUGGAAAACCUCGAAGAAUUGUGGGCCAGCUACAAUCAACUGGGAGACUUUGCCGAGGUGGAGAAGGAGUUGAAGGACAAGGAGGACUUGACAACCGUCUAUUUUGAGGGCAACCCCCUUCAACUCCGUGGCCCUGCUCUGUACAGGAACAAAGUCCGGCUGGCACUGCCACAGGUGAAGCAGAUUGAUGCUAGUAAGUCUUGUCUUACCCUGAUAUUUCGCAGCUUGAUCAUCCUCUAA